AUGAAAGAUACUAAUUUAAGAAUACCGUUAGAAACAGUAAAUGAGGAAAUUGAAGAUGAAAAUAAUUUUUGCAAUUAUACGAAAGAUAUACAAUCAACACUUUACGAUACCGGUUUUAUGUUAUCGCCAAUAUUUUUGGAAAAAGGUAGUGAUAAUUGUACAAGAGAUUUACAUUUUCGUAGUGCUGUGUUUGCAACACCAAUUAUGGUUGUCAAUCAAAUUCGUAGCUCUUUUGAAUCAAAUAAUAAGGACUUUUUAAUUGGUGGUCAUAGUCAUCGGAAAAGCAUUUGCAUUUCUGAACAAUCGCGUUCUGGUUCAACGAUAAUACACAAUUUUAAGCGUGCAAGUAUCACUUCAAAUCAAAUUUCUGGAAAACAUAUUUGGUAUGGAAUUAGUUUGGGUACAUUAAUAAUAAUGACAACAGUUAUUGCAGCUUUAAUGAUUUUAUGGCGACCAAAUCCACAAUUACAAAACCAAGAGAAGACUGACUUUUUUAUUUCUGAGGAAUGGUAUGUAAGACGUUCUAAAUGGCUAGCAAAACCUCCAAAAAAUAAAUCUUUUUUAUCAACACCGGUUCAUUACGUAUUAAUCGGCGCAACAAAUACAAAAAUGGUUAAAACAACAGAAGAAUGCAAAAAAGAAAUUUUACGAAUUCAGAAAAUGCACAUGGCUUCUAAUGGCAGUGACAUAGCAUAUAAUUUUUUAAUUUGUGGCAUACAAGGAUUUGUAUUUGAAGGACGUGGUGCACUUACAAUGGGAUCACAUACUAAAGGAUUCAAUUCUCGUAGUAUUAUGAUUGCUUUGGUUGGUAAAUUUAACGAAACUGUACGUGCAUCAGAAAAUAUGUUAAAUCGCAUUGAUCAUUUUUUGGAAUAUUUAAAAAACGCUAAGCUUCUAACACCAAAUUUUUUAACACUUGGUAAAACUUAUAUUUCAACAGAUAAAAAAAGUCCUUUGAAGCAUAUUAUACAAGUAGUCCAUAAUUUUACGAAAUGGAGUCCUAUGCAAUAUUACAUUAAUUAAAAAUUAUAACAAAAGAGUAAUUCCCUGCUUUGAAAAUCAGUAUAGCUUUGACUGAAAAUAUUGAACAUUAGAGAUAUUCCUGGCAUCCAUACUGAUAUGGCAAUAAAUACCACAUGGGAAUCAAAUCCACUGCAACCUCAAAGUCACAAAAUAAUGUUAAUGAAUUUCUUUGUUUUAAAUAGUGUCUCAAAAUUUACUUUUCUUUA